UCACUUGUUCCCAAACAAAUUAAUUUUUUCCCCCUUUUCACAUUCUUAAAAAUAAUUACAGAUUAAAAUGAAAAAAAAUUAAAAAAAUUUCCUGUAACCCUCAAGAUCGCAACCCUAGACUAAACACCUAACCCUUGCUUGCUUGCUGGUUGUUAAUGGCCACGGCCACGGCCUCGGCUAUGCCUCUGUUGCUGCAUACCACAUAUAGACUUCCCGUACUGACUUUUUUUUUGGUCGGGGGAACUUAGGGUUUUCAGGUGGGCCGAAAGAGUGACAGGCUGCUGACGCUGAAAGUAGCUGGGAUUCCGUUGUGAAACGGACGGCCGUAGAGGUACAUGAUUUUUCUGGUUCUGUUUGAGCAUUUUCUGUAAAGGAAAAGUUUCUAGGGUUAGUCUUCAGAAGGGCACUUUUGCUUCUGUGAGAAAUAUGUGGUGUUGAUGUUGAGGAAAUAAUGCCGUUUUACGGAGGUUAGUGCGCAUGAGGCGUGUGUUUUGUUCGCGUUGUGAAUGGGAUAUUGAUCUUGAUAGUCUUCUUCUCACUCUGUCAUUUGACGGAAGAUGAUGGGUCGCGGAGCCGACGGUGGUUGUGUUGGUAACGGAAACUUGUGCCCGAUCCACCAGACUGAAAACUGUGCAAAAAUAACGUGCCAGGAAGGAGCUUGCGCGUCGAAUUCGAUUGCAGAUAGAAUGGGAAUUGAUGUAGUUGCCCAGGCUUUGAAGGCAUUGGCCCUGAAACCGCCAUUUGAUGCAGACGAUGGCUGUGCUAUGGCGUCUGAUGGCGGUGGUGCAUCGCAGUUUGGAAGUGGAGGGGCAGGGGUAGGAGUAGGGACAGGGGCAGGGGGAGACGGAAGGCGCAAGCACAGAAAGGUGCAGGGCCGAGGCCACGAGCCUUACACUGCUGCUACAUUUGGUGGUUCCAAAAAGAACAGGGAUGGCAAGACCUCUAAAAUUUGGCUCGAAACGGAGGAGUACUUUCGGGAAGUCACUUCGGAGGAUAUAGAGGCCUUAAUUCCCCAGACAAAGAUUGAUUUCUCUGACUGGACGAAUGUUUGUGAUCCUUGCCUUUUGCUUCCUCGCAUCAGGGGGUCCCUAAAAGAUGAAACCAAUGCUCUGCAAAACUCGAAUUAUGCUACUCUCGGAAAAGUGGAGUCACAAGACAUAGAUUUUUUCCCAUUAGCCCAGUCUGGGCCUGACUUAGCAUCUAAUAAGCAACAGAUGCCUACUGAAUUGAGAAUGGAUGUUGAACCUUUAGAACAUGGUUUAGAAUCCGUUUUAAUUGCACAGGAACUGAGCUCUAGUGCUAAGCUAACAGACAUACUGCCUGUGAGGCAAGACUCAGCCUCAGCCACCAGUCAGGCACUUGCUGUGUCAUCUCCUAUGGAGGUAUGCCAACCAAAUCACGCAGAAAAAACAAGUACUAGCCUUGAAAUGAAUUCUAUUGCAAGAGUUGUUAAUGUAAUGUCAGUUCCUGUGCAUGAACUGUAUCCUCCUGCACAAUCUGAAGUGGCAAAAGAUAUCAGGCGAGACUUAUGUUCUAGUGCAACUGUUUCUACUCCUGAACACGAGCCUGGUCUUGAUACAAAAUUUGCAACAGUAUUGUCUUGUUCUAAGCCAGAAUCCGUAUCUGAAGCAAAGCUUGCAGUGAUGCAAGAAUCUUCUUCUAUUCCGAAUUGUGCAUUGUCUCCCAAGAAGGAACGGAGGUCUGAUGCUAAAAGGAAGCUCCUUGCUGCGACCUUCUGUAGUAAGAAGAGAAAGAUUUCAGAGUCUUCUGCUGAGAUGAUGACUACAGUUGUAUCACCCCCAGAAAAUGGUGAUGAAGAACAUUGUGAUGUGUGCUGUAGUGGCGAUAGCGAUGAAUGGAAUCAAAUCCUGUCUUGCGUUGUUUGUGAAGCUUCAGUUCACCAAGAAUGCUAUGGAGUGCAAAUGAUUCCAAAUGGCCAAUGGCUGUGUUCCUGGUGUUCAUAUCAGUCUCAAGUUCAAUUGAUGGAUGAAAACUCUGCCAAACCUGGAAAUAACUUAGUCAGCCCUAAGCAUAGCAAUGGUGGUUUAGAUAAUGAUACACGGCCUUGCAUAUUGUGCACAAGAAGUGGUGGGGCACUAAAGCCUGUGGCAAGGCCAUCUUCAGACAGAUAUAGUAAUGGAUACUUACAGUUUGCACAUUUAUUUUGCUGUCAGUGGAUCCCAGAAACAUAUGUAGAAAAUACAGAGACAAUGGAACCAAUUAAAAAUGUGGAAGGCAUAAUGGGUGAACGAUGGAAGUUACUAUGUUCUUUAUGCAAGGAGAAUCAUGGUGCUUGUAUUCAAUGUAGCCACGGAAAUUGUGAAACUGUAUUCCAUCCCCGUUGUGCAAGGGAGAUAAAACUUUGGAUGGGGAUUUCUAGUAAGGAGGGCAGUGGUGAUAUUGAUUUAUGGGCAUUUUGCCCUAAGCAUUCAGUCUCUCGAGUUGAUGGAACAUCAUUUACAAGAAUCAUGUCAAAUGUUGGUUCGUCAGAAGCAGAAUUCAUGCUUUCAGGAGAAACUAAUACAUCUCAUUAUUCAAAUGAAAUUUGUUUAGGGCAGGAAAGUCAGUUGCCUCCCAUGGCAGGCAGAUUUCAGAAUGUGCACAGCCAAUUUAUUUCAAAAGAUGUCUCAUGUAAUGCAAUGGAAGAUAAAUGUAGCCUCUCUGGAAAUUUACAAGGGAUCAAAGAUAAGAUUUCUGAUGUUGAUAGUGCAGUGAUAGAUCUGGCAUUGGGCAAUUCAGAGAAUACUAUCCCAGAGAAUAGUGUGCAAGUUAAAAGAAUUCCUAUUUUGCAGGACGUUAAAACAAAUGCUGAGUGCAAUGCUGUCUCUAAAUUUGGUGCCCAGGAUGUCGGUGCAUCUAUUCUUUUAUCUGAAAGUAAAGAAAAUGCUUUGAAUGUUGAAGCUGACAACUAUGAUUGCAAUGAAAAUUUAAGAAAGGUUGAGAGGCAUGAAAUUCUGACUGAUUUGGAGAAUGGAAUGUGUGUGUCACCAAAUUGGCCUACAUCUUUGAUUAAGGAAGCUGAGCAACUGGCAGAUUCUGUGUCAACAAAAUUGAAGUGUCAGUCAGAAAGCUUACAUGCUGAAAUGGAAGAUGUUCCAGAGGGAAUUGGUGACUCUGCUGUUGAAAAGAACAGUAAUUCAAAGCAUGCUUCCUUAAAAAUACAGGCUAAAUUGACUGAUUGUAAGGAGCUUACUCAGUUAAAGAAUAACAAAGCAGUUUCUAGUAAUCUUCUAUUGAAGGGGCGCACGACUAGGGAGGACCUAGAUGCUGUGAUGGAUGGGAGUAAUUCUGGUUUAAUAUUUGAAGGGGAUCGAGCUGAAAUUCCUCUUACGUUGGAUAUUGAAAGCGUGAAGAAAUCACCUAAUUACUAUGUUCAUCCUUAUAUACAAAGGAGACUACUGGAAUUUCAAAAUGGUUUAGGAUUUCAAAAAGGAGAUCAAGGAAUGAAUCAUGAUGGCCACCCUGAAAGUAAAGCAGCAGCUGGAAAGAGUUGCUUUCAUGGAACAAAAAAUACUGACUAUGGAAUGGGUCCCACUUCUAGUAUGUCCAAUGUUGAAUCCAUCUCAAAAGAUUAUCAAAGAAAGCAGGUUAUAGGGGCGAGGAAUAAAGGAGUUUCAAAUCUGGCACCAGAAAAUGAAUUAGAAAGUGAAAUUCUAUUCUUGCAGAGCAGUCUUCUGGAUUAUGCAUGGAUAAAUCGUAAACAUAUUGAGGAUUUACUUUUCAGGGUGAUAACAAAUUUAUCAAAAGAUCAGCAGGCUUUGCGGAAGCAAAAAGCUGACAGAGUUGUAGUGAAUGAAUAUCUACGCCGGGAAAGAGAAGCAAAGAAACAGGGUAGGAAAGAGAGGCGGCAUAAAGAGGCACAAGCUAUCUUAGCUGCAGCUACUGCAGCAGCUGCAGCAUCACCUAGGAUCGGUUCUUCUAGGAAAGAUGGAUUGGGAGAUGCAGUUGAAGAGCAUGGACUGCGUCAAGUUAUUUUUCCGAGCAGACCCUUACAACCUGAUGAAUGGGGCACUAGACCUAGUUUUUCUAUGGCACAGCCCAUGAAAGUAUCACAGCAGAAAUAUCUUAAGGGGAAUAUUGUGGCUGGAAUCCCAGGCUCGUCUUCACAGACAAUUUUACGGGCUAAAGAGACAUUGUCAAGGCCCAUUGUUGCAAAAUUUUCAUCAGAAAAGCAAUUUGAUUCUUACUCCUUGUCAGCUGGUUCACUGCAAAAUGAAUCGCUUUUAUGUGAUAUUUGCCGGCUUCAGAAUGGAAACAAAAUUUAUACCUGUCGCCAUUGCAAAGUCUCUGUUCACCAAGAUUGCUAUGGUUUAUCUCCAGUUCAUUCAUCAACAUGGUAUUGUCAGCCAUGCGAAGAAUUAAACUGGAAAUACCAUGGUUCAAGAUUUCUGUCUAGCCAAGGCAGGCCUGGAUAUGAUCUUGAGUGUGCCUUGUGUGGUGGUCCAAGUGGUGCAUUUAAGAUAACUACUACAGGUCAAUGGGUUCAUGUAUUUUGUGCUGAGUGGAUACUGGAGAAUACAUUCAAGAAGGGCCAGAUUGAGCCCAUUGCAGGGAUGGUAUGUGAAUUUCUUUCCAGAGAGAGACCAAUCUCAGCUUGCAGCAUUUGUCAUCGACAGGGUGUCUGUUUGAAGUGCAAUUUUGGCCACUGCCACAAUUAUUUUCAUCCAUUAUGCGCAAGAGACUCUGGGCUUUAUAUGACUGUUGGUGUUCAUGGAGGAAGGGUUCAACAUAAAGCAUAUUGUGAAAAACAUAGCUCAGAGCAAAAGCUAAAGGUUGAUUCCCGGAAACAUGGAGGUGCUGGAGAGUUAAAACUUAUCAAACAAAUGCGGGUUGAACUAGAACGCAUACGACUUAUUUGUGAACGCACUGUUAGAAGAGAAAAGUUGAAGCGCGAAGUGCUUCACUGCUCACAUAAUAUACUUGCUUCCAAAAGGGAUUGCGUUGCAUUUUCUGCAGUUUUCCAUAGUUCUUUUCUGCCUCCAGAUGUCAGCUCUCAUGCUGACUUUGCUCAGGGUUCCAUUGUUACAUCUUUUCGUGGACUACCUGAUGAGAGUAAAUCUUGGAAAGCUAGCAGUAUAGAAAAGCGUCGAUUUGAUGGAUAUGGUGUAGAUACUGGGUCAGGUAAUGUCAGAGAAGUUGUCCCAGGCCGCUCAGAAUUAAAUCAUCAAAUGAUUACCUCAGAUGAUAUUUUUCGCGGGAGAAAUUUUGGAGAUUCCUUUGCAUUAGUAGGAGAAUCUGGACGUUCAAGGAAACUAUUCACAUAUUCACCUCAAUUUGGUGCUUCUGACGAUAGAGAAGAUGCACAGAGAAGGACAAAGAAGUCAAGGAAGAUUGCUGAAACACUUCAAAGAGAAAUGGUAAUGACACCAACGGAGGCUUCUAUGCAAAAUAAACGGUUACCGAAGGGAUAUGCAUAUGUUCCUCUUCUGGAUCUUCAAAAUGCUGGGCCACAAGAUUCAUAAUCUUUAUCUAGGUUCUGGUUGUAUAAUGAUUGAAUGAGUUCCUGUUUAUGUCUCCUCAAUCACUUUGUCUCAAUUGUAAUUUGCUUUGUCGACUCAAAUUUUUAUGUUACUGGUCGGCAUAUUCAUGCUUGUACAAUUAUCAGGAUUUUUAGGGAGAGGAUGUCACUGAAUGGGAUGAAAAAAUAAAGCAAUCCAUCUCUGCGAGUAGAGAUGCUUUUGAGAUUAAGGAAGUUUUGACAGGGAAUUGUAUCUAUAUCAUGGAUGAAGUUGUACAAAUGAACAGAAUAUUUCCCUUUGUAAUUAAUACGCAUUGCUGGGCUUCUGCCUAGUGGAAAUGCAGCGAGGAAUCUGCAUCUUCCAAUAUUGUAUUUUUAACAGAAUGAAAUUCAAAAGAAAUAGCUGAUGUGUCAUUUUGUGUAAA